GUAUAAAGCAGGAGGAGGAAGAGCACACUCUCCACAGUCAGAUGCCUGCAUCUGAAGCUUGCAUCCCAGCUUCACUGCUUGCAAGCUGUGUGACACUAGGGCCAAGUUCAGCAAGAAGCAGACCAGGCCAUGGCCACCAGGCUCCAAGCAGCGGCCUGGGUCCAACGGGGCCAGCUUCAUCACCCUGCUGGGCUCUCUGUGCAGAAGAUCAGCAGAGGGAUAGACCAAAAGGGCAUCCUGGCCAAUCGGGUAGCCGUGGUUACGGGGUCCACUAAUGGGAUUGGCUUCGCCAUCGCCCGGCGUCUGGCCCAGGACGGGGCCCACGUGGUGGUCAGCAGCCGGAAGCAGCAGAACGUGGACCGGGCAGUGGCAGCACUACAGGAGGAGGGGCUGAGUGUGAUGGGCACCGUGUGCCACGUGGGGAAGGCCGAGGACCGGGAGCGGCUGGUGGCCAUGGCCCUGCAGCAUUGUGGGGGCAUUGACUUCCUGGUGUGCGUGGCAGGGGUCAACCCCCUGGUGGGGAGCACUCUGGGGACCAGUGAGCAGGUGUGGGACAAGAUCCUGGACGUGAAUCUGAAGUCCCCUGUCCUGCUGCUGAGCCAGCUGCUGCCCCACAUGGAGAAGAGGGGGAGGGGUGCUGUCAUCCUGGUCUCCUCCCUUGCAGCUUAUAUGCCACAUGUGGAGCUGGGUGUCUACAACGUCAGUAAGACGGCCCUGCUGGGCCUUACCAAGACGCUCUCGCUGGAGCUGGCCCCCAAGAACAUCCAGGUGAACUGCCUGGUUCCAGGAAUAAUCAAGACUGACUUUAGCAAACUGUUAUAUGAGAACGAGGCUGUCUGGAAGAAACUCAUGGAGUACCACUUGGUGAAGAGGAUUGGGCAGCCUGAGGACUGUGCAGGACUCGUGUCCUUCCUGUGCUCUCCAGACGCAAGUUAUAUCACUGGCGAGAGCAUCGUGGUGGCUGGCUUCUCCCCUCGGCUCUGACCCUUGGGGGGCCGUGAAGCUGUGGGUCUGGGCUUAGGAGCCUGAGGGUGGGUGGGUGGGCUAGGAGAUCAUUAGGCCUGGGGACAGAGUCUAAAGCUAGACUAGCAAUUUGGGGGCUUGCUCAUGCCAGGCUUGAGGAAGAACCCCCAGUAUUCUUGUGUGCCUGACUGUUGUUGAUUUGGCUGCUGUGAUCCAGCCAACAUGUGGGUUCUCGGUGUGGGGCUGUGGGGCUGAAGAGGUUCAUGGGGCUGGUGCUUUGGAGGAAUUGUAAGGGAAAAGAGUAGAGACUCGAACCCCUGAACGAUCCUGGCUCCUUCUCUCUGUCAUUUGUUCUUCAAACAUUUUUCUCCUGAAAUAAACUCAGAUUUAUCCUCAA